AUGGAAGUGACAGCGAACACGGAUUCUGACAAAUUUGAUCAACGUAGCAUUUUACUUGAUAUUCCUCCUCGACUACAAUGGGAAAACGGAAACGGAUACUGUGGUGAAACAGCUAUACAGUCUUUCGGGCUGUACUAUGGUGCAUGGAUUUCUCAACAACUUGUUCGUGAUAUCAACAAAGGAGAAUAUCUUUUACAUAAAUUAUCGACGAAUGAUUGUCGAGAUCCACUAAACACGUUAUCGGCACUUGGUUUCACUUACGACGUAUGGAAUUGGAAAAAUUCACCUCAACCGCAAUUUCGUGAUUAUUGUUGUUGGAUGAAAAGAUCGAUUAUAAAGGGUUAUCCGGUAAUGUUCGUUGUUUAUUUAAGAUACUUUCAUGAUGAAUUCUAUGACCAUAUUAUGCCGGCAUUCGGCGUACGAUUUCGAGAUGAGAAUCAGUACGAUCCGGAUGAUGUACUGAUUUUUUGUAAUCUUUAUCAUGACAAAUUGAUCGAACGACAAAUGAACGAGAAUGAUUUCAUAGCAACACGAAAAACUUGUGCGAAACAUUGUGGAGAAGGUGGAUGUAUACCGUUCGGCAUCGAUUAUGGAAUUUCCGUAACGGGUAUUCGAGACGAAGAUCAUGUGACGUUGCCUGUACGUUUAUCAGUAUCUGCGUGGAAUGAACCGAAUCUACAUCCCGCUUAUAAUGAACAACCUGUUGAAAUGGACGGAAUUGUUACUAUACGCAAUUUAACAGUCGGACAAGAAUAUACUGUACUUCGGUAUUCAUCGUAUGAAUAUGUACCAACGAAUGGUACGGUGAAAGAUUACCUUGCGUCGAAUUUCGAUACAAAGCAUGACUUUGUCGCUAAUGACACAAUCUACUCCUAUGUGGAUUGCAAGAAAAUUCCAUCAACCGGGUCGGUUUACUAUCGAUGUGUCUCGCCACUGCACAAGCAAAUCGAUGAGUAA